CGGGAAGCUUUGAUCUACGUGGGUGGUCCGGCCGGUGAAAACGAUGCUGCGUAGUGCUUCAUUCAUAAACAUCACCAGCCUGUUAUUAUAGGAACACGCAGGAUUACAUGGGCUUUUGAGUUUUUGUAAACAUAAACACAAACGCCUCCACUAACUACAUGUCGCAUCCGAAGCAGAAGAAAGCGUACAUUCAUUGUUUUCAACACAUCGUCGUGAUGAUUAAAAAACGCCCGACUUCAAUGCAACAGCACGACAAUACUCCCCACGUUAAUGACAGGAAAGUCAUGUUAGCAGCUGUAAUGGCGUAAUGAAAACAGGGCGACUCGCAUCGACGACCACCCACACCGUGAAGGAGUCUGCUAGGAGAGGGAGUAGGAACUGAGGUGGGAGGAGGACGCCAUUGCAGCCGCAGCUGGCCGCCUGUGAUUCGGCUGAGGAGGGACAAACGUUACUAGACUCAACAAUGUCGGGGGGCUUUGAGAGACUUUUCAACCGCAGCCCGCCGUUACUCGGUUGUAGCGUGAAAACGGACUAGCAGAAUGGACGGUUUGCCCUUCAAGAGGAGAAAAUGUAGAGCCACAGCGCCGAGUCGAAACAGUCUCCUACCAUUCCUACACCUGUCUGGUGGCCCACUCUCUCACCAUGAACAUCAGUAGGAACUGCACCGUGUUGGGGAAUGGUGAGGGUCUGACUGCCCUGGAGUCAGUCUCCAUUGUGACCAUCACACUCCUCGCCUGCCUGGGGAACCUCCUGAUAGUGGUGACCCUUUAUCGCAGGCCUUAUCUACUCACACCCAGCAACAAGUUUGUGUUCAGCCUGACCCUCUCCAACCUGCUGCUAUCCAUGCUGGUGCUGCCAUUCGUGGCCGUGAGCUCAGCAAAGAAAGAGUGGGUGUUUGGUGUGGUGUGGUGUAACUUCACUGCUCUGCUCUACCUGCUCAUCAGCUCUGCCAGCAUGCUCACCCUCGGAGCUAUUGCCAUUGACAGGUACUAUGCAGUUCUUUACCCGAUGAUCUACCCCAUGAAGAUCACAGGAAACCGGGCAGUCGUCGUCAUUGCUUAUGUGUGGAUACACUCCCUGGUGGGCUGUCUGCCUCCUCUGUUCGGCUGGUCGUCCUUUGAGUUUGACUGUUUCAAGUGGACCUGUGUUGCAUCUUGGCACAGAGAGCCAAGCUACUCAGCCUUCUGGGUCACCUGGUGCACCCUUCCCCCCUUCUUCGUCAUGCUGGCCUGUUACGGUGUAAUUUUCCGCGUUGCCCGCAUGAAAGCUCGGAAAGUACACUGUGGGACGGUUGUUGUGGCCCAGGACGACUCCAGUGGAGCUCAGAGGAACGGACGUAAAAACUCAAGCACCUCCACCUCCUCUAAUGGAAGCCGGCGGAGCCUCGUGUACGCGGGGAGUCAGUGCAAGGCCUUUGUCACCAUCUUAGUGGUGGUUGGCACGUUCCUCAUGACCUGGGGGCCAUAUGUCGGGGUCGUUUGCACCGAGGCUCUGUGGGGUCAAGGGAGUGUGUCUCAGGGACUGGAGACUCUGGUGGCUUGGCUCUCUUUCUGCAGCGCCGUGUGCCACCCACUCAUCUACGGUCUAUGGAAUAAAACCGUGAGGAAGGAGCUGCUGGGGAUGUGUUUCGGAGAUCGCUACUACAGAGAGUCAUUUGCCACACGGCAGAGGACAUCUCGCCUCUUCAGCAUCUCCAACAGAAUCACAGACUUGGGUAUGUCCCCACACCUGACAGCCAUGCUGGCAGGUGGAGGGCACCUGCUGGCCCCAGGCAGCAGCACAGGAGACACUGGCUUCAGUUUCACUCAGGACUCGUGCACGGACGUGAUGCUGCUGGAUAACUUCUCCACAGAUGGCUCCUCCCACCCACAGCACCAUGGGAAUCUGUCCGGGAAGAGGAGGAGCUCUGUCACCUUUGAAGACCAGGUGGAGCAUUCCAAAGCUGAAAACGCAUCCUCUGUUCAAGUCCACGCAGAGGUACACAAAUCUCUCGACUCCUUCGCGUCCUGUUUGGCAAAGGCCAUAGAGAGCGACGCCAAACUCACCCUGUUUGGGGAGGAUCUGGGUCUGCCGGGGGGACUGUUUACCACCAGAGCUGCACCCAGACCCAGAUACCUGGACGGCCAGAGACUGAGGCUGGAGAGUAUUGAUGAAGGGAUCGUUAAAGAUGACAGAGAUGAAGAAGAGCAGGAUGUGGAGGAAAAACCAGCCUGAACACAGCUGGUCUGAACAGUCUUAUACACCAGUUUAUAAGUGAACUGUGUGGGUCUUUCACCCUUCAUACUACUACAUAUGGCCAAUCAUAGCGGUGCUCGUCCUCCUCUGUGGUACAGUAUAAGAAGGCUGAUCUCUCUACACAUGGUACUCCAUACUUGAAAUCAUUAGGAAACAGGAAGAGGCACAUUAUACAUUCUGCUAUGUUUGACCAGGUGCACACCAUCAGUGUCUCUGCAAACUUUUAUAAGAAUCAGUGUAAUCACAUAGGAAGCCUUUACUACUGUAGCCCAAAUUAUCUGAUUGUUGUAGUACAUUAUUACUAUGUAUUGUUGUGUUUCCUUUCAUUAUAACAUGCCUCAUUAGGGCUGGGCAGUAUAAAGAAAUAGAACUCCUGUCUUCCAAAAGACACUUAAUACUGUUAUCAGAUCAGUUUGAAAUGUCUCCUUUGUUAUAAAAACGAUGUUUCAAGCCUAGAUUCAGAGACAGUUUAACAACAUACUGCAUACUGUUGCUCCGCAUACACUGGGGCCCUUUACUGUGUGCCAGUACCCCCCUCUCUCUCAUCCUGUUUCCUGUCUAGUCUUCAGCUGUACUACCAAUAAAGCCUUUCAAAGGCCAAAAAAAUACUUAAAAAAUAAAAUAACAGACUUAACGGUCAUUCUUACAACCUCACUCAUUACUAUAACUUUGAUAAGAGAGAACCAGACAGAACUUGUACAGGGCGUUCAGCGUGGCACAGCAGACAUCUUAAAGGGAGCUGAUAACAGUGUUGUGAGUCCUUUGGGUGAUAGAAAUCACACUUCUAGUAUUUGGGCUUUUUUCACAGUAGACAUUUUGACAUGUCACAGGGGAAAAGAAUCAGAGGUAUGAAUAAAUCAAAAGUGGCUGAAUUCAAUUUAGCUGCUUCAACAUCAGGAUCCUGGUAUCGUGCAUGCUGGAUCACUGGCAUGACUUACAGGGUUGUUUGAAUUUAAUUGAGGAUUCUUUGUUAUCAGUCAAUAUGUGCACUGUGGGGAAAAAAGUGCAGGAAAUUGAUGGAAUUCUAAAGUAAAUAAUGUGAUUCAUCAUAGGAACUCUCAGCUUGAUUACAGUGAUGCAGUUUGUGUUUGUAUUGCCCAGUCCUAAGCUUCAUCAUGUGAACAGUGUCUGUUGGCCAACAUCUGUAGUCUUGAUAAGGUACUUGCAGUGUAACAUGGUCCUUGUUCUGUAGGGUCCUGGUGUAACCACAGGUUUAUUGGGAACCAAGACAGUCACGAUUAUCUGCUACAGUAAUUGCACUUGAACAUGUGUGUACAUGUUCUUAUAGAUACCACUCUCAUUGUGUGUCAGAUCCUGUCUGGUCAGUGUAUUGCACACUGUCCAAGGUAAUGCAGUGUAUUAGCUGCAACAUGGGUUCAUGAGUAAAUGGAGUACACAAUUUGCCAUGAACAGAUGAAAUGAGUAUUUCAAAAUUGGUAUAUUAAUGAAAAUGCAUUAGGGGGAGCCUAAUUUCAUAAUAUUGUGCACAUACUGAGCAGUGCAAAGCGACCAUGUCAAAAAGUCAAAUUAACCGAAAAACAAGUCUUAUUGGAAGACAAGUUCUGUGUGAGCGAUGAACGGGUCCUUAUGUACAACACUGUGUCUUAGUAAAUACUCAUUCACACAGGUGCUUUACCUCAGUCUAUACACUCCAUCACUCCCUUUACUGUUAUUAAAGGAACUCAGUGGACAUUUGUAAUAUGUAGAGCACAAUUCUGGUGCCUCAGUUUUACCUCGUGUCUUGUUAUGUUUGAAAGGUACUUUCUUACUUUUGUAAGAAAAUCUGUACACCUGAGAAGUGAUGUAACCUUUGAUUUCUACCACACAGUAAGUAUUAAUACAAGUAUUUGCAUUAAAGUUUUGUAUCAAGAUUCUUCUAUUAAAACCUUUUUAUAUAAAUA